UGAGAUUGACCGCUUAGAAUCCUCACAUUUCACCGCCUUCUUUCCAUCUCCACUCUCCUCUCCAGAACCACAAACUCCUUUCAGUUUCCGAUUAUAAAUUAAUAAAACCUUCCAAAAAAUUAAAAGCAAAACAAGAAAAAGAGAAAAGAAAAACCGGAGGAUGGCUUUAACGACGUCGCUGACGGCGGCGAUUCCGGUGACUGCGCUGAGGGACAACAGAAGAGUAGUAAAAACGACGACGUAUAGGAGAAAGCAAAGGCAGCGGGGAAAGCUGCAGCAACCACAACAACAACGACAAGUGCAGAUGGUUUUUGGUAAUUUUAGUCAUUUUGGUGAUGUUGUACAGAGAGACAUGGAGUUCUUGAAGAAAGGAGUUAAAAGAGGAGCGGAGUGGGCGAACGAAACGUUUCGGAUUCCUCAGGUGAAGAAAGCUUUGGACGACUUUGUUUGGCUUCGAAAUUUCGAGGAUCCUCACUUCUCGCCGCCUGCGCAAUCGCCACUGUGGCCUCAACCUUAUUAUCCAGAACUGUCUGGUUUGGAUUUGAUGAUGGCUGAUCUCAAAGCGUUGGAAGCCUAUGUUAGUCAUUUCUACUACCAAUCAAAAGAGUGGUCAAAGCCACUCCCAGAAGCUUAUGAUGCAGAAGAAGUAGUUGAUUAUUUCCGUCGUCGGCCUCAUGUAGUGGCCUUUCGGCUUCUUGAGGUGUUCUCGUCUUUCGCCUCUGCCGCGAUUAGAAUUCGAAUGUCUGGGGUAAAAGAGUUCUUAAGACCAGGUUCAGCUAAGGGUAUUGAUGAGAACUUGUCGCAGUACAACUUUGGAAUGGUGUUAAAAGAAACAAUGCUAAGCCUUGGUCCCACUUUUAUCAAAGUUGGUCAAUCCCUUUCCACAAGACCGGAUAUUAUUGGUCCUGAAAUUUCCAAGGCAUUAUCUGAGCUACAUGAUCAAAUUCCUCCCUUCCCAAGGACUGUGGCUAUGAAAAUUAUGGAGGAAGACUUAGGUUCUCCUAUUGGAUCAUUCUUUAGUUACAUCUCUGAGGAACCAGUAGCUGCAGCAUCAUUUGGUCAGGUCUACCGUGGGAGUACUCUGGAUGGUUUUGAUGUUGCUGUGAAAGUUCAACGUCCUAAUCUGCUUCAUGUGGUAGUGCGAGAUAUUUAUAUUUUACGCCUUGGGCUGGGGCUGUUGCAAAAGAUAGCAAAGCGAAAAAGUGACCCUCGUCUAUAUGCUGAUGAGCUCGGGAAAGGUUUAGUUGGGGAACUUGAUUACACUUUGGAGGCUGCCAAUGCUUCUGAAUUUCUGGAAGCUCAUUCUCACUUUUCGUUUAUGCAAGUUCCAAAAGUAUUUCAACAUUUAUCUAGGAAGAGAGUUUUGACCAUGGAGUGGAUGGUUGGUGAGAGUCCAACUGAUUUACUCUCUGUAACUACGAGCAACUCCAUCAACCAUGGCUCUAAAUAUUUAGAGAGGCAGAAAGUUGAUGCAAAAAGACGUCUUCUUGAUCUAGUUAACAAAGGAGUGCAGGCAUCGCUUACUCAACUCCUUGAAACAGGCUUGUUGCAUGCUGACCCACAUCCUGGAAACUUACGUUACACAACAUCAGGGCAGAUAGGGUUUUUGGACUUUGGUUUGCUUUGUCGAAUGGAAAAGAAGCAUCAAUUUGCGAUGCUAGCAUCCAUAGUGCACAUAGUAAAUGGUGAUUGGUCAUCCCUUCUUCAAGCUUUGACUGAAAUGGAUGUUGUAAGGCCGGGAACUAAUAUCCGGCGCGUUACAGUGGAUCUGGAGAAUGCCCUGGGGGAGGUAGAAUUUAAAGAUGGGAUUCCUGAUGUCAAGUUCAGUAGGGUUCUGGGUAAAAUAUGGGCUGUAGCUCUCAAAUAUCAUUUCCGCAUGCCGCCAUAUUACACACUUGUCCUGCGUUCUCUUGCUUCCUUGGAAGGUUUGGCGGUGGCCACAGAUCCAAGUUUCAAGACAUUUGAGGCCGCUUAUCCUUUUGUUGUCCACAAACUUCUAACUGAAAAUUCAGCUGAAACACGGAAAAUUUUACAUUCGGUGGUUUUGAACAAAAAGAAGGAAUUUCGCUGGGAGAGGCUAGCAGUUUUCCUCAAAAUAGGUGCAACUAGAAAAAGUUUGCAGCGGGUGGUAGCUUCGAGUGGUGAAACUUCCUUAGAUAAGUUAGCAAAUAGGACUAAUGGUGUAUUUGACAUUGCAUAUCUGUUGCUGAGGCUUUUGCCGUCUAAGGAGGGUAUGGUGCUUAGAAGACUUAUAAUGACUGCUGAUGGAGCUUCAUUAGUCCGAGCUGUGGUUUCCAAGGAGGCGAAGGUCUUUCGAUUCCAACUAUGCAAAAUCAUUGCUGAUAUCCUAUACCAAUGGGCGUUCGAAGCUCUUGGGCAAGGUGUGCCAGCUAGCCAGUAUAGUUACCGGUUAAGGUUGGCUGAUGGGCCUCAGAAUAGUGAGCUAGGUACAUCUUCUAGAUUAGCUACGACUACAACCGGCAAUGACUACCAGUCCCUUUGGAGGGACAGACGACUGAAGGUGAUCUUCUUCAAGAUCCUAAAGUCUGCAAGAAGAGAACCGGUGUUAAUGUUAAGGUUUUACUGGGCUUCAUUUGUAAUGUUCAUUGCUGCUUCAGCCCUGGCUUUUCAUCGGCUUUUAGUCUCUCUGUCCGAAGCCUACCUCGGCCCAGUGUCGUUUUCUCCCAAACGUUUCGCAAUCAGUGCAUGAAGCUUUAGAUGAAUCCUGCAGAGAGUGAAACAACCGGAGCUGAUCUUUGGGAGAGAGAAGCUAAUAUCAUAUGCUAUUUAUGGGACGAUGCCAAUUUGCAAAACUGAUGCAACAUGUAUAUAUAAUAGGUCGUUCAAGCCUUGAACGACCACCAAAGGGGAGAUUUAAACACUUUGUCGCCAGUGUUCUUGCAGCAAUGUUUAUCAUGUUCAAGGUAUAUGAAUCGCAGCAAGGUGGAGGAAGGCAAUAGCCAGCAUAGCAUAACUGUGGAUUCCCAAGCUGACCGGUAACAAUUUUGGCAUAAAUUUGUACGAUCCUAGACCUAUACAAGUAAGUAGUCAAAAAAUUUCUAAUUUCAUCGUUCAACUGUAUUCAUAGAUAUAUGAUAUGUCCAAUAUAUAAAUAUAUAAUAUUAUAUUCAAUUAAUAUAUUCAAUUACUUUGUUGAAUCUGAAAGUGACCCUCAUUUCUAAACUAGGUUUUAUUAGUGGAGAUAAU